CAUUACGAUAGUUGAUAUCUCCUUUCUAAAAAAGGACGAUAUUAAAUGGAUAAUUCACAGAUUUAAAAAAAGCAUUGAAAACAAGCCACCUGUAUGGAUAGAGACAUUUCGAAACUGGGGGCAAACACAAACUAUUCCAGUUAUUGCAUCCGUUCCUACUACAUUAGAAGAAUUGAAAAGAUUGCUAAAAGUGGCAUCUGAGGAGAAGUUGAGUGUAAGAUGUGCUGGAAGUGGACAUAGCUGGUCGCCAAUAUUUUCAGACAGGAACAACUUACUUAUUUACAUGGAAAACAUAAAAAGCGAUUACGAAGAUGGGUCCAGAAUUAGAAUAUCUCCUGGUACCGUUAACCAUGUAGACAUUAUGCCCGGUGUGACGGCACGUGAAUUCAAGGAUUUCCAAUUAGAGAAAAAGUUAAAUAUUCCUGCAAAUGUUAUUCUAGAAGUUGUUCAGAUGAUAAGUGUUGUAGCAACAGGUUGCCAUGGCGUAGGAUAUGAUGUAAAGGCACCGAGUGACUAUGUAGUGAAAAUGCGCAUAAUGAACGCAAAAGGAAAUCUAAAAACCUUUCAAAAUGAAGACAGCAAAAUGUUCAAAGCGAUACAGGCAAACUUCGGAUGUUUUGGAGUUAUUUACGACAUGACUAUUGAACUUAAACAACAGGACAUCGUCAAAGUAGAAAACCAAUACAUAAAAUUAAAGAAUAUAUUCUACGAUGUUGAACAAAUGAAAAAAAUAUUUGAGGAGAACAUGUCGGUUGAGAUGUUUUGGUUUCCGUUCAACUCGGAAAGGCCUCAAGUUGCAUAUAAGCCCGAAGAUGAUGAAGUCUGGAUCAGAGUAAUAAAUAAAGAAGGGAAUGAAGAGAAUGAAGACAUAAAACAGAAGGAUUAUUACAACAGGAAAGACCUGAUUGAUUUGAUGUCCGAGGAAUCUCUUUACUUGAUGUCACCAACACUAGCUGAACAGCCUUCUAUAACUCCACUGUUUUCAUGGAUAUCGUUCGCCAUGUUAAAGAACCUUAUAUAUCCUACCGGUCCAAUCUAUCAGCAACUUCCAAACGCUGUUCAUUUCAGACAGAACAUUCGCAUGGCCCCUAUGUAUGACAUGGAAUUUGCCUUCGAUUUGAAGAACUAUCACCAAGUAAAGAAGAUUAUUGAAGUCGUAGUUCUCAAAGUACAACAUUACAAGGAAAAAGGGGAGUAUCCAUUGAAUAUCGCACUUGAAAUGCGAAUGAUGGGUUAUAGCGACGCACUUCUUUGUCCUGCUUCAAUAGGAAAUCCUGAUUAUAAUGGAUCUCGUCACGUGCUGUUUGUAGAAGUGGUAAGCAUUGUCCACACUGAUGGAUGGGAAAGGUUUUGCAAAGAGGUAGCACUAGAAUGGAUGAAGUUAGAUGGUGUUCCACAUUUAGCCAAACAGUGGGAUUUUAUCCCUGGAAUUAACAAGCAUAUUUACGAGCGCAUGAAAGGUCAGAUUGGCGAAUUUAAAGAGCAACUGAAGAAGUCUGAAUGUGACCCAGAAGGAAUGUUUCUCAACGAAACCCUCAAAAAACUUUUGCAGCUUUAACAUGUCUAAUCGAAACAUUUUACAAUUAGUGUGCUCUUAGAGUUAUACUUCAAAUAAUUUGUUGAAUAUAAUACUAGCUAGCUGAUUAUAAAAAUAUAAAGAAAAAACUUUU